AGAGCGCGGCGUGAUCCCGGAUACCAUCUCACAAGUCGUCUGUCGCCUCUCGGCACUCUCUUCAACACCCACACUAUUUCCAUCGUGUGCCCAAUCUUUCGACAAGAACUACAGUAUCCCAACUGAUUGUGGUAACACAUCACGGCAUGCACCACGAUGGAUUGUGGCAUGUGGUGUGUGUUCAGCGAGAGGCGGCGACACGUCGAGAGAUUAUGGCGACGACGUCUUCUUGUCACUUCAGAUGAACGGAGGGCCAGGAGGAGAUUUCUUCGCCUAAUGCGUGGUUUCGAUGCAGAAGACGUUGAGGUAAUACGAAAAGCCGUAGAAAGUGAUGGUGUCGACUCGAAAGCGUGUGCUCCGGGACCACCAAUGGAUGAACGGGUAGAAGAAGAUCCGCCGGACGAAGAUUCUGGACUAAUUCCACAAAUCGAUCGUCCAAUGAGUAUGCCGUACUUAUGUUGUAAAUUAUGGAGGUGGAAAGAUUUACAAGUUGACGCAGCAUUACAUCGAUUAGAAGCUCUUCCAUGGUGUCGAUUUGGAAGGGUUACGAUUAAUAAUGCCACUGUAUCAUGUUGCAAUCCUUACCACUAUGCAUUAUGGAUACGUCCCGAAACGAAUGGAGGUGAUGAUGAUGGUUCAGAGGAUAAGAAUUCUUCUGUACCACAAAAUAAUCAUAGAUCUUCACUCAUUGGAAAUGGACAUAUUACGUAUAGGCACAGGGAUCACACACAUGACGCUGAAAUGUCGAAACUUCCGAAGAUUCUGGCGGGUGAACUACCGGAUCGACCGCCACCAUCAGUUCCAAAUGCGACUCCUCCACUACCGGAUGAUUCUCCACCGUGUACAUCAAGGAGUUCACAGGAUCCUGAUGAUUUGAUACAUUAUCAUCAUCACGAGUCAAAUCGAUCUUGGGCAAAAAUGACGAGGUAUGAACGAAAAGAACAAAUCGGAGAUACCGUAUGGCUGCACGGACCUUUUGCAGCUGUUGGUGUUUUAUCAAAAUCAGUACACGACGCUCAACUGGAAUGUAGUCCGUGGGAUCUGAAAAACGAGGUCUCAUUCGCAUUAAUACGGCAGGCCGAUCCAAUUGGAUCGACGAAUCCGGAAGAUGUAUGGUUAUAUAAUAGUGGAACUCGCCCAUUAUUUCUAUCAAUGACUCCAAAUGUAUCAUCAACAAAAGAUACUCUUCGACGGUUAUCUCCCGGAUACUGUAUACGAGUUCAUCGAGGAGAAGUAUCUGCAUCUGCACCCGCAAGUGAACGAACCAAAGUGCGGCGGCCCAGCAAGGACCCUGCACUGGCUCAACAAAACCUGGUAAUAUCAGUUGGAAAAGGCUGGGGACCAAAUUAUUCUCGCCUGUACCUAACUGACAUCCCAUGUCGUUAUGAAGUGUCUUUCGCUUAGGAACUUCUUCUUGUUUUUUCUCUCACACUCUCUCCUCAUCGCCCUGUGUCUUUCUUUCUUUGUUUCUCUAAAUCUCUCUCUCUCUGUCAUUUGCUCUGCUUCUUUUUCUCCUCUUGCAUCUCGCCUGUGAUUCACCUGAUCCCCCAUCUCCAAAAAAGUUCACACACCAACAAAAAUAAAACCAAAAAAGAGGCUUUCAAAAUAUAAUUUUUUAGGUUUUUCUCUUAAUUGCGCAUGAGUACGGGUUGAUUAUCCUUCUUCUCUCUUUAUAAAAUAGCCAAUUUUGUUUUUCCCCACGAUUUCCAGAAUUCAAAACCAAAACCAAAACAUUCUCAAAUCCCCGACGAACCGAUCUUUCCCAUCCCAAGAAAUACCCGUUUUAUUUAAUUUUUUUCCAAUUUUUUCCCUCAAGAUUUUCAUUGUUUAUCCGCUUUCUAUGAAUAUCGAAUGAAGCGUCGAACUCUUUUGCAAAAAAAGUGAAACAAAAGAGUCGAUUUUUUAAA